UGGACGGUGUGGAUAACCAUCCGUUAUUGGUCAACAUCCUUGCUCGUCGGGCGGCUCAGUACGAAUGGUCGGGGGAGGAACUACUUUCGGCAUGGAAAACACAACAAGCAGCACUACUGGAGAACGGUGAAGAAAAAUCUCACAGCCUGCGUGCUACAGUCGAGCUCUCUUUGAAUGCUCCGUCGGUGAUCGGCCUUGGUGAUGAUGCUCGAAAACUUCUCGAGAUCAUCGCCUUUUUCCCGCAGGGCCUCGACACUACGAGGGUGAAAGCCCUCUGUCCUUCUGCGACCGCCAUGGUAGACGUGCUCUGUUUACAUUCAAUGACUCAUCGCGAGGGCAAUCGUUUUACUAUGUUGGCGCCCAUGCGACUGUACCUGAACCACAAGACGCCAAAGCCUGAUGCAGGUUUUUUGAACAAGAUCAGGAAUAUGUACUACAGAGAGCUCUCUGAUACUGUCGAACGACGUCAGGCUCUCAUUGAAGCUGAAGAUGUCAACGUCGAACAUCUUAUCACCUUCGACUUCAGCUGGGCCAUUAAUUUGGACGACAGCUGCCGUGCUUGUGCAUCAUUCCUGGACAAUCUCGCGAUGUAUAAACCUCGGGCGACCAUUCUCACCACGAUGCUUCAAGAACUUCCGGUGAGGUCCUCAGGAAUCCUCGCCAAAGUCACUAGUCGGCCAGCCACGACGAAGGCAGUUUCACUCCGCAAUAAGACCCUGCUUGUGAAGUCCGCUGGAACUCUCGCGUCCUCUCUAAGACGCAGCACAUUGACGUCUACCUUCCUUAGAACGCUUUUCAUUCGUGUGAAUCUCCGAAAUGACACGCCUACCGAGAAUCUGCGUACAUCAACAAAACAUAGACGCCUGCGCUAUUUGCAAACGACUGUACGGCCAUUCCUGCACCCUAAUCGUCAUCGGCGCAUACCAUCCUCGCCCACCUCCGCGAUCACCAUCAAACGUAUUCACUCUUGUGCAUCUCUUCCAUCAUUUCAUUCUCUUCUACAAAAGCAUCGUGGUGUUCUUGCGUUCUUUACCACGGAAAUAUGUCGCCUGAGUCGCAAGGCACAGCCAUUGUUUGAAGAAUUUGCGCACAACAAAAACUCGAAUAGUAGCCCUGUCGCCUUUGUGCACGUGGAUCUCAAUUCUUGCCGUGGUGCAGCUGCCGUUGGCAUCGAGUUUGGUGUCCGCGCUACCCCUACUUUUCUUUUCUUUGUAGGAGGAACGAAGGUAUAUGAAGUACAGGGAUGUAACGUUCAACAGUUACAAAUGCAGUUUGAAAUGUUUUUACACCCAGUUCAUCCACACUUGUCGCUAUCCCUUCCGGUUAUGGAUUUGCUAUCUCUUGAGCCUAUUCUCUUCAAGCAGGUUCCUGAUCUCGCUGUUGUAUCUGCAAAGCUGAUGGGUUUCCUUGACUCCACUACAACCUGGUUUCAACCUUUCGAUACCUCCCUAUCUAAAGCCGACACCACGAAGAUCUUGUCUGGGAUAAUAUUCCCGUACGUCACCGCUUUCACCACGUCGCAACACUUGCCUUCGUACCCUCUUUUUGAUCUUUGGUAUGACGUCACGAGCUGCAUGUCAUGGAAUAUGCCGGAAGAUCAAUUGUUUCCACUGGUGGAUUUAUGGCGCAUAGCGAUCCUUGACGACAAGGUCUCCUUUUGGUGCGCCGAUAGAAACGGUCUUGACAGCCCCCUUGGACUGCUGUUGUCCAAGGCAUGCGAAUGGUCUUCGAAGAAGUAUCUGUUGACGCUCCUUCGUAUGCUCUCCAACGCAUUCAGUCACAGGGCGUUGGGAUGGAAAAUUCUCCUGUCAGCGCAUAAUAAUCUAGCCAUCCUUCUGGAACAUACGUUGGUUCAUGAAGAUCAUGCUAUUCGGAAAAGCGCGUCGACUUUGACUUCAACACCUUUGCGCGUCUGCAAGAGCUCAGAAUAGAGAAUUUAUGCAAGGGCGACGAAGACGAGACCGACCAUUUGGAGAUGGAAUUGUCCCUGACUCUCCUGAAUGCGGAAUGGGAGGCGUCAAUCGCAUGUUCGGUUCUCGCAGCUAUCGAACGCGAGAGCGAGGGUGAUAUUGUUCACCGUCAAGUCGCAGCAUUGGGACUUAUUGUGCGCUUUUCCCCUUUCAUCGAUCAUUUGUUGCGACUUCUCGGAGCCUUGCACGCUCAACGUAUCCUCAAGAAUAAGCUCAGAGGGAACGGGGGGGAUUGGAAUAUGGACAAUGUCUGCGUGCUUUUGCAGGAAGUCGCUGAUAAGCUGUGCCCUCCGAGUGUUUUAAUUUGAAGUGCUACUUAGCCUAGUACCAUCGACGUAUCAUGCUCCUGUUGAGCCUCGGAGAACGG